AUGCGGCUGCAUACUCUGCGCCCCGAGAACAUACUGGCUGCGGCCUUCUGUGGCCCAUUUGCUCUUGCGGCUUCAGUAUCUUCUUUGAAUGACUACGAUGUACUGAAAUAUGUCAAUCCUUUGAUUGGAACGGCCAAUGGAGGCCAUGUUUUCCCAGGAGCGACUCUGCCCUUUGGAAUGGCUAAAGCUGUAGCCGACACCAUAGGCGAGAAUCAAGCCGGCUUCGCCUUUGAUACCGACUAUGUCACCGGCUUCUCCCACAUGCAUGACUCUGGCACCGGAGGCUCGCCAUCACUGGGGAAUUUCCCAAUUUUUGCCCAGCCGUCUUGUCCAAAUGACGACAUUAAUCAAUGCAAGUGGCAGCUCAACGACCGAGCAGUGGCGUGGGAAAAGGAUUCAGUCAAGGCUCGCCCUGGCUACUUUAGUAUCUCUCUGGCAAAUGGUGUUCAGGCUGAGAUGACGACUACCAAUCGAUCUGCACUGUAUCGGUUCACUUUCGACGAGGGCUUACCCGUGGCUCUUAGUCCUGUCGUUCUGGUUGAUCUGAUCGAUCUCCCACAGUCUCGAACGAAUGGCACGGCGGAAGUCCAUCGAAGCACCGGACGUCUGACGGGAAACGGCACCUUUAGUCCAAGCUUUGGCAUCGGGUCCUACGAUCUGCACUUUUGCGUCGAUUUCAAAGGUGCCGAGCUUCGCGACACAGGUACCUGGACUAAGAAUCGAGCAGGGAUCACAACGGAUUCAGUCUCAAUGCUAGCAGAUGGAACGAACACACCGGCAUCCUUAUCAGCGGGAACGUUCGCAAGAUUUCAUAGUCCGGCAAACCGCACUAUACUUGCGCGUGUGGGUGUGAGCUUCAUGAGUGUCGAUCGAGCCUGUGCCAAUGCCCAACGCGAACAGCCUGAUUUUGACUUCGAGGGGACCAGGUCUGCAGCGGAGGCUGCUUGGAGGAAGAAGUUGAGUGUGGUGACCGUCGACGCUUCGGGGGUCUUAGAUGACUUUCAAGAGAUCUUCUGGAGCGGCGCAUACAGGUCGCUCAUCAGCCCACAGGAUUAUACAGGGGAAAACCCGCUCUGGCAAAGCGAUGAGCCUUACUAUGACAGCUACUACUGUAUUUGGGACUCGUUCCGCAGUAUUCAUCCUUUGUUGACGAUCGUCGACCCCAUCUCGCAGUCUCGCAUGCUACGCAGUCUGAUUGACAUUUAUCGUCACGAAGGAUAUCUUCCCGAUUGUCGCAUGUCGCUCUGUAAAGGCUUCACCCAGGGUGGCUCCAACGCAGAUGUUCUCAUGGCAGAUGCCUACCUGAAAAAGGUGCAAGGAAUCGACUGGAACACCGCUUACGAAGCCGUGGUGAAAGAUGCCGAAGUUGAGCCCGCAAACUGGAAUGUCGAGGGUCGCGGUGGUCUAACGAGCUGGAAGAGCCUCGGAUACAUACCGACUGACGACUUCGACCCCUAUGGAGUGGGCACCCACACGCGGAGUAUCUCACGCACGGUCGAAUAUGCCUAUAACGAUUUCUGCAUCUCCGAAAUGGCCAAGGUAAUGGGAAAACAGGCGGACUACGAGAAAUAUGCAAGCCGCUCCGGCAAUUGGGCCCAUAUGUUCAAGGCGGAUCAGACAUCCAGCCUUAACGGGUCCGACACAACUUUCACUGGAUUUUUGCAACCCCGUUAUAUGAAUGGAACCUGGGGCUACCAGGACCCGAUCUUCUGUAGCCCAUUGCUCAAUUUCACCUCGUGCUACUUGAACCCAGACGGUCAUGAGACUUACGAGGGCAGUUCAUGGCUAUAUACGUUCUCAACGCAUGUGCUAAUCGAUACCUCUUCUAUCCUGCAACACAGCUAUGCACCACACGACAUGGGUGCCCUCAUCCACGCACUAGGUGGUGCGGACAAGUUCAUCUCCCGCCUAGAAUACCUCCAUCAAUCGGGUCUUCUCUACGUCGGCGACGAACAAGCCUUCCUGACCGUUUUCCAAUUCCACUACGGCGGCAGACCCGCGCUCUCAUCCAAAUAUAGCCACUUCUAUAUCCCCUCCCAAUUCAACACCACUGUCGCCGGUAUCGCCGGAAACGAUGACAGCGGGGCAAUGGGAUCUUUCGUCACGCUGAGUAUGGUGGGACUCUGGCCCGUGCCCGGUCAGGACGUGUACCUGAUCACGCCUCCUUACUUCAAGGAGGUGAGGAUUAGGAGCCCGUUGACAGGGAAGAUGGCUACCAUUCGCAAUGUGAAUUUCGAUGCAAGUUACAAGGCUGUUUGUAUUCAGGGGGCGAGGCUGAACGGCCAGAGCUGGACGAAGAAUUGGCUCACUCAUGAUUUCUUUACUCAGGGUGGUGUUUUGGAAUUGACGCUGGGUGUGACGGAGAGCGAUUGGGGCACACGGAAGGAAGAUUUGCCGCCGAGUUUGAGUAGUUAUGAGUGA